CAUAAAUGAAUCCACUGGUCACAGUCCAGCAUUUUUAAUGUAUGGUCGAGAACUGAAACUACCACUCGAUCUCAUGUACGGUCCCGAAACGGAUGUUCUUGAUGAGUUAAAAUCAUCUGAGGAAGUCCGAGCCUACACUGAACGACUUAAAGCUAUUAUUGCCUCUGCACAUCAGUCGGUCAGAGAAAAUUUGGAAAUUGCUCAACAAGGACAAAAGUUUCUUUAUGAUCGACAUCGACAAAUUGCGCCAGAAUUGGGUGGCGGAAUAUUGUUGCCCGAGUACAGCGGCAAUUAUUCGUCGGUACAUCGUACCAUUCGAUACUGUAAAACAUGCCAAAUCAAUUGA